AUGAAACUCCUUGUGCUGGCUGCUCUGCUCACAGUGGGAGGUGCCCACAGCAUCAGCCCACGGGCCGUGUGGCAGUUCCGAAACAUGAUCAAGUGCACGAUCCCCGAGAGUGACCCCUUGAAGGAUUACAAUAACUACGGUUGCUACUGCGGCUUAGGUGGCUCGGGCACCCCUGUGGAUGAGUUGGACACCCUCCCAAGCAAGAACAAAGACUGCCAGGCCUUCAUUUGCAACUGUGACCGCAAUGCUGCCAUAUGCUUUUCAAAGGCUCCAUACAACGCAGAUAACAAAAACCUGAACAGCAAGUUUUGUAAGAAUUAA